GUGACACUACGUAAUCUGUGAUUGAUAAUUAUUAAAAUUUAAAUUGUCAAUUUAAAAAUCAAGUAAAAUGAAACGUAAAAUCUUGUAAAAAUUCAUGCUUACUCAAUGACUUGUGUAAAUUCAAUUUAUUCAUGUUCAUCAUAUUUAUUAGUUCAGUGAUAUUUCAAAUAAUUUGUGCCGGUGGGAGUUGCAUUACGAAAUACAUGUAUCGUGAUCGUAGGUGUCAAGAACACCUGUUUUUUACAAGAAAAUAAUAACACGCGAAAAUGUUGCAAGACGACGAAUUUGAGCAGUUACUGUUGACGGAUGAAAGGGUGAAAAAUCUGGGAUUCCGCCCUCAAAAGGAGAUUUUAACCAACCAUCUACUGCCGUAUUCCGAAGAGCUCGAUGAAGAAUCUAACAAGUUUUUUGCGCAGGUCAAAACGAACUUUGCAAAGUCUGUUAUACUGCGGGAGAUGAAACCAGCUUGUGUUGUAUGGUCUUCCAGAUUAAUAAAGUACAUUAGAAUAUAUGGGCUGAAGUUUGGAAAAGAAGACCACAUAGCUUUCAUCAAACUAGCAUAUGAAUUGGUACUGAUUCCUGACUUGGAACCAUGUAAAGUGCAGAAAUUUGCUACACUAUUUGUCAUGCUUACAAAAAAAAAACACUUGAUUUCACCAGAAGAGUUGGUGUUGCCAUGGCGUCCACUUUAUGAUUUGGGAAAAAAGUUAUUUGAUAAGAACUCAACAAACAUUGGAAUGUUCCAUUAUAUCUCGCCCAAACGAUCUGGCAACCAAGAGACUUCUAUGCUCGAUAUGGUACGAAAGAUCAUAUCGGGAAACGGUUUAGACGACAUCCUUGGUUUAUUUGGGUUUGCCCCACCGGCCGACGAAUGCCCCACAUCUUUAGGCUCUACUUACAUGUCUGUGGUGCGCUGUGCUAAACCUUAUUUUGAAGUAUCGGCAACGAAAGAAAUACUAGAGAUGAUACUGCCCAGUGUGAUGCCAUGGGGAACCGAUGCCGAAACUAAUGAGUCGUACAUAUUCUUGCCCGUGGGCCUUCCUCCAGAAAAUGCAGCUCAAGGACACGAACUAUGGUUCAAUGAGCUAAUGACAAUAUACGACACUUGCCAUAACACACAAAGUGGGGAUCCCGGCAUAUUCAUACUGUUCGCAAACUUGGCGAAAAAUAAUCCUGGCGCAGUAGAUUGGACACCAUACGUGCCCAAGAUUUUUAUGAGGUUCCUCCACACUCUAAACUUACCCGUCUCGUAUAAUGACAUGCAGCACUUCCGCCACGCGUCUUUGGUGUGCAAAGUUCCACUCGCUGAAGCUAUGCGUUGCAUAAAAGUUCCCUCGUUUGUCCUUAAUCUAUUAAAUAUAAACCUGGAUGAUGUGAAACAUGUCGCAAAAUGGAUCGUAUGGACGAUUAAUCCCGAUGGAGUGGUUCUAAAACAAUUGAAGUCGUUCUUAGCGGGGGUCGAAAGUUAUCUCCACAGCGCCAACGCCGGCCGGUGGUCUUUUAAACUGAGAGAUCUUCUUAAAAAACUGGCAGGAGAAUUCCUCUAUAGGGUCCGGUUCGAGCGUGAAAAGAAAUUCCUAAACUCCUGGGGGAACAAAACUCCCGAAGGGUACAAAUUGCGCGACGAAGAUAUCACAGAGUUCGUGACGAUCGUUCUGGAACCGACUUUCCAGGCCGUUUACAGUCGCAGCGGGUCUCUCGACAUCUCUGUAGCUUUGCAGAAUCUGGCGACCCUUAGACCGGCCAUAGUAAUACCGCCUCUCAUCGAGAAACUUAGAACCUCGUUGACGUCGCUGACGGAGCCUCACAGAGUGACCGCCGCCAUGUCUGCGGUCGCAGCCGUCGCCAGGCCUAUGCUUCGCGGCGCAGACGCAGACUACCCCGAGGGGCCGACGCACGUCGUACCUCUACUGAUGGCCGUCCUGCCGGGCCUCGAUCCCAACGACUUUAAAAAGACUAUUGUCACCCUACACUUCAUCCUGAUGUUCAGCUGCAUGGUCACCUACAUCGACUGUAGUUCCGCGCACGAGCACUGGCCGGACAUGACCGAGGAGGAGCUGAUGACCUGUGAACUGACAGCUCAGUUCGAAGAUUUUAUAUUGGUGCUGCUGGACAAGCUCUUCGCUUUCAUCGAGUCGAGCGUUCAGGAACACGUCAGGUUGGAGUCGAAAGAUUCCGAUAGUAUGAAGAGCAGGACGGAUAUGGCUAUGGAAACGGGUAUUUCCUGCGCGGUGUGUUCAGUUUUGACGCAGUGUUCGCCCAAAAUUUUCAAGGAAGCCUUGAGGAAGUUUAAAGCCUUCGCCACCGAGACGACGUACGAAACAAACGUGUCCGGCAGCAUGAUCGGCGCGCUUUUGAAGGUGUUCGCGCGUAUCAAUCCCGAAGCAACGCUAGCCGCUUUCCUUCCGCCCCUCUGUCUAGACUUACGAGAGCUUCUGGCCAGCGACGAAGCCUUGCACGAUGAGAAUCCGCCUCGCGAACUCGUCUACCGGCUCGUUCUUUUUUCGGAAGUGGUCUCGUGUGACGGCACAGUUCUGCUGAAAUACAUGGACCAAAUAUUGCCAGUUCUGGACAGGGCGUUGAAAUUACACGCCACUUACGCGUUGACCCCGGCCUGCGACGCGUUGGGUAACAUUCUGUCUUGCCUGUCGGCGAUCGAUCUGAAGGAAUGGAAAUGUUCGACGAAGGAUUACGGAGCCGCUCCAGAGAAAUGGUUGCCUAUCAGGGAGUGGGGAAACGGUUGCUCGCUUAAUGAUGUCAAAUUUCAAUGGCACGUCCCCAGCGCGGAGGAGGCGGCGUGUGCCCAGAUGUUGAUAGAUAGAUAUGUUAAGUCGGAAGUGGGGAGGCUGCAGCAGUGGCUGGGUGACGAACGCCCGAUGUGCCGCGAGAGGAGGCUCAGAAGUCUGAACAUUAUUAACUCGGCAUUUUCUUGUUCAAAGUUCUUACCGCCUCCCAAUGAAGAACCGGUUUUAGUUGUGGAGUCCGAGGUGCCAGCCACAAAUAUACCAUUUAUGAAUGGAGUGAAGCACCAGGUGUUCUUGGACGGAGAGAAUAUGAGGGUGGCAAUGACUCACCUUCUCCUGAAGGUUCAGGCGAAGAUGCUGACCGAGAAGACGGAGGAUCCACGCGGCUUAGACAUUCUCUUGCAGGUAUGGGAACGCGUGAUUCUUACGAAGAACAUCCGCGGUGGGUCUACGUUAGAGACGAAAUUGCGUUCGUAUGGUGUGUUAGAACGCGCGUUCGACGGCAAAGGUGGGGUGGGGGGUAAAUGUGACGACAUGGGGGCCGCGAGACUUCGAAUGGUUUUAGCCGACGCGGUGAGACUACAAGAAGAGUCGAGGCUUGAUUUGAGCUGCGAUGCCGGGAUCACUCCGUCAGUUCUCCAAGGACUCAACGCUCUAUACGAUCUGUCCAUCAACAGUUAUACUACGAUUCGUCGUCAAGCCCAGGUGUGUCUAUACAAAAUGCUUACAAACUAUCCCUAUUCCUACCGCGCCUUAAUACCCAAGCUCGUGGAAUUGCUUGGCUCCAUUGGUAAUGAUGACGAAGGCCACGCCCGUCACAAGGGGGCGCUUUAUAUCCUUUUGGGACCAAAAAUGGCACCUCUUUUGGCCAAACAGGACUGGGCUGUUAUACGAGUGGUGUGGCCCGCAAUUUUGAAAGCGCCCCUCAGUGAGAAACUUAGUAUUCAUAGAUUAGAACGUGCAUUUAUAGAUGUUUUAUUCCGUUCAUUCCCGACGAUAAACACUCGAUUAACGAUAACGGAUGGGUCGGUUGAGGCCGCUAAGCGACUCUUAACGGAGGAUGAACUAAACGACCCAACAUUCGUUCAACAACUUGCGAAAUCUCAAGAAGUAGAAAUGGCGACGUCGGAUAGCGUUGAGCAACUUUAUUUGGAACUCAUCAAUGAAUUGGUUGAUAUAGCGGAGUCCAGUGUCCAAUGGUGGCGUCAGGAGCUCGCGAUGCAGAUGCUUAUUUUCUGCGCAUCGCUUCAAACCCAAUACCCGCCGAGGGCAGUCCGUCUUUUCACCAAGUGUUUGCUGCACGAAAACUUCGUCGUGCGAAGAUUGGCCCAGAGACUAGUCUUCUUCGCUCUCAAACAGCGGAAGAGGAAACUGAAUAAGAUCAAAGUUGACCCUUACGAGGUGGCCGGCGUUCGGAAACCAGAAACACAUAUGCCAGGAUAUAGAAAAGACUUGGAAUGGGCGGUCUGGUCAAAGGACAGGGUAAUAACGACAGAUGAGGAAUGGGACAAGCCCUGGCUGAGGAAUUAUACUUACGGCUAUUAUUCGUGGCCUAAGAACAUUGAGGUGGCAGCUCCGAUUAGCCAACAGAACUAUGCCUGGGACAAAAAACCGGAAGAUAUGGAAGAAGGAGAACGUUACAUUUACGAGUUCUUCACCGACGAAGAGAAUGCCACGAAAUUGGUCAAAUUCUUUACGACUGAAGAGAAAAAGGGCAAAGACAAGUUCCUCGGGAUGCGUUCUGCCAUGUUUCGGUUCCUGUUCGCGCAUUUCGGGCGUCGUGUAACGAGGCGCUUCAUCGACGAGGCCAUAGAGUGCGCGAGUAAGUCCGAAGAGUCCAAACAGCGUUUCGCGGCUGAAGUGGCCUGUGCAGCGCUGCGGGCUCCGAGGUACUGGAGGCGGGAGGACGCGAUAGCCUUGCAGAGGGACGCCAUGAAGAUUGUUACUAACGGUCUAACGGCAGUGAUCCCGGAGACCCAAGAGGACUGGGGCACGGCGAUGGCCACGGCCGCGGACAAGAUGGACCCCGUGCGAAACGCCGAGGUCCUCGAUCGACUGCUGCAGCUGUGCUCGCCGCCGCCUUCGGCCGAGGCCGCGCCCGACCAGGAGACCUCUUUCGUGGCCAGCGCUAGGCUCUAUGUUUUUCAAGGCGUGUUGGCAGCGCUGUCGUGGCGCGCCGCUCCAUUGGCCGCUGAACUUCUGGAACGACUGGAAGCCGCCAACUUCAUACAACACCCUUAUGAAAACGUACGAGCCACUGUCGGAAGUGUCUUGAUGAUGAUAUUCAACUUGGAAGUAAUGUUCCCGGGUGGAGAGAUUUGUUUUGCGCCGAGUCUUCAGCGCUUCUUGGACUCCGUCCAGCCUCGAUUGGCUGCUUUGUACGACGAGAAGGGAGACAUUGUAAUUAAAUCAGUAGCUUCAAUAUCGACGCCGUGCAGCAGCUCCCAGGUGGCUCCGAAGACAGGUUUCGACAUGAUGCAGCAGUUCAGGCCUUUGCUGCACGCUCACAGGGACCGGACACACGCACAUACUGACCCGCAGACAGCUCCACCUAGUGGCUCGGAAACUGAACUGCAGCUGAGGGAGAUGGACGAGGAAUGUCCUCUCGAGACAGAGUUACCGGAGCGACUUCAGGCUGCCUUGCACUUUACAGGAGAAGCCGUGGCGGCUACGCACGCGCCUCACGAGAGAGCUGUCAAUCUUUUAACCACAGUUCUGAGCGGUUGCAUGGGCAUAGUGAUUCGCGGUGUCAACACAAACUUGGAGACACAUUUCAAACUGGUGCCUCUAGCCUGCGCUUUGGCCUCCAGAGGUUCCACCCGGCCUCACGAGGAGCUCCCUCGGGCGGCCGGGGGCUUCCUGGCGGCCCUCGCCCAGGUUCACUACCGAGGAGAGACCUUCGACCGCAUCUUGAACGUUUUGGAGGAGCUGGCGAACGGUCGGUCCUGGUGGGCCCGUCUGGCCUGUCUGGACUUCGCCAUCCCGCUGCUGUUCUACGGUCUUCCGAUGCUGUGCGACCGGCCAGAGAGGGCCGUGCGAGCCGAGGCCUUCGCUCUGAAGCUCAUGAGAGAUACUAGAGUUGAGGUCCGACAAUCCGCCGCCAAAGUGUUGACGGGCUUAAUGCACUGCCGAGCUUUACCCGACGAAGAUAGAACUCUCCAGUCCUUAAUCCGGAGCGCCCGAUCCAAAGAGGCGGGCGAGAGGCAUUGCGGAGUCCUGGGUCUCUGCGCCUACAUGUCUUCCCGGCCUUACGGCCUCGGGCCGAGAUUGGGGGACGUCCUGACGGAGUUGGCGAAGCACACCAACGCCCCGGACCCCAUACCGGCCACGAUACGAACCGCCCUCGCGGACUUCAAGCGGACUCACCAAGACGACUGGCCGAAGCACAGGGAACGACUCACCGAAGAUGAACUGGAUUUGUUGGCCGAUCUGACCUCUCCUCCUAGCUAUUGCGCUUGAGCCGAUAGCUAAGUGUGGAAUUUCAAAGUCCCGUAUGUGAUACAUGUUUGGCCAUUUAACCUCCGAAUGCUUGACCGUUUUCAACGUACAUAUUAAUUAUAUAAUCUUUAGAUGUGGUGUCGGUGUUAAAUGUCUUUAUAAUCAGGUGUCGGAGAUGAAGAUUGAGCUUACCGGUUUAAUAAAAUAUAAUUACAUAUGAUGUAAUUGGUGUGGAUAAUCAUGGCGUGCGAAAUGCCCAGUUCAUUAUUUAUAAUGCAUUUGAAGAUGGUUAUUUAGUUAAUAUUACUAAAGAAACGAGAAUGAAUAUUGUGAUUAUUAUUUUACCACUUUGAAAAUUAGUUAUGUUUUAACUAAUGCAGACAUUGUAAAUUGUAUAUUUUUAGGUUAUUUAAACAGUUUAUAAUUUUAUGGCAAAUUUAUAUUAUAAUGACAAAUCAUUAUUUUUUUAUGCAUAUUUUGUUUUAUUGUACAAAUCUUAGUUUAUGUGUAAAAACCAACCAUAAUAUUUAUUAUCAAAUCUUGUUUGUAACGUUUUGCAUAGGAUUUCCCUAUGAGAGCUUAUUAUAUGUGAACUGCAUUA